AUGGCUGCGUCCCCAGCCAGCAAAGCGAUGUCCGCUUGCGACCAACAGCCUGAUUCUGUGGUGGACGUGAGCGACUUUUUCGGCAACGACUUCGUGGUGGAGAGCGUGUUCGACUACCUGGGCACCGAGGAGCUCUUCGCGUGUGCCGAGGUGAACCGGCUCUGGCAGUCGGUCGCACUGGCUCUGCUGAGGAAGAAACUAAUAUCCGUCUCCAUCUGCUGUUCACCGGAAUCGGAGCAGCCGGGCCCAGAGCCCGUGCCGGACAGGCCUCACGCAUGCGCAGAGAUCCUGCGCUCAAAGUUAGCUCGCUACCGCAACAUCGCGCGCCUGGCCGGCAUGCGUCCAUCGCUUGUGUUCCUGUCCUAUCACGCCGACCUGGAUGAGGACGGGAGUGUGGUGGACUCCGUGCGCGACCUGCUGCCCCCGGACUCUGUCAUUGUGUAUUUCAAGCUGGAGCUCAUCCGACCGGGCGACGACUCCGAUGACAGCUCACACGAGGGUGUCUUCGGCGAGUUUCUAUUCCACGCCGAGCCAGCUGUGCGACCUGCGCCAACGUACGACGACCAGCAGCAACCGCCGCCGCUGGACAGCUCUGUCCCCGGCCAAUCGUCACCAACUGGACCGAGCCAGGCUCAGGCGCGUCGUUCCGAAGGCGAGUCGCAAGCCGUUCCGGUUGGUGCGGCUGCUGCCCCAGCCGGUGGAUCACUGCCGGCGUUGCCUGCCGUCCCGCGACGCCACCGCGUUCCAUCGACGGUCCGAGGCAGCGGCGCAGUCUUCAGCAACGUGCUGCCCGGCGUGCUCGUGUUCGAAGCACUGCACGUGACCGAAGGUACCCAGGAGGCGGACGUCGCCAACUCCCGCUUCACGGAGGAGGCCACCGGCAGGAUAAUCCAGGUGACUUCGGUGGCCAUCUUCAGCGCGAUGCAGAGCAGCCGGCUGGAUCCGUUCAUGCGCAGCCUAGGCGAGAGCUUCGGCCCCACGUCCAACACCAUCGCGGUGGCAUUCCCGCGCAACCAGGACGAGGCGCGACUCGAGCUCGAGGCCUUCGAGCGCAGCUUUCCGAGAGUGCCGGCCCUGGCCAAUCAAGCCACGGAAUUCAACGUGCAAGAUCAUUUCGCGCCCAUUGGGCGCCUGAAGCUCAUACUGCUACUUAUCAAGCUGCUCGAUUGAAGAGGUUCGAGCAAAGGAUUUUAGCUUGGCGGAGAGGAAGACCGCUGGGCGACAGCCGGCUCAUGUGUAGACGUUUAUGUAGAGCAGCAAGGAAGUCUCUAAUCUAUUUUCGGCAUAUCGUACUUUAAUAUUUUCUCGUUAUUCUUUUUUUAAUAUGCGAGCUACUGCGCAGUCUCCUCGCACAAUUACACGGUCCCAGCACAGCAUGUAUGCAGCGCGUGGCAAGAAUUAAGCGCUACACGUAUAUAUAAUCCCGAGACCCGAAGACCACAAGCGAGCACGUUUAUUUGCCUAAACACAGAGAUGAGCGUAUGAAACGUGCUGCCGGGCUGUUCUUUAAGCAUGGACUGCGUAGUAUUAUGUGAUUUAUUGCCAUGGUGAUGCGACAUCCUUAAUUCUCAUGUUAUCUCGCAUUAUUCGAAGGAUACUUGGCAGUUAAUUUUCUUUGUUGACGGCACAACUGUCUGGGUGAAGUCAGCUUCAACCUUCUUGGGAAUCAGACCGCAAGUGUACGAUUACACCACUUUCACAGAGUUCCGCGGGCAUCCACAUUUGUGGUUUUCUUUUUACGAGUGACAACAUUUGCGAUAAUUUUAUUACUAAGUGAAUGAUUACUGUAAUUUAAACUGCGAAUAAAACUGCGAACA